UCGAUCACGAUCGGUGUCAUCAAGUACAUCCUCCUCGGCUUCGAGCUUCCCGCCGACGGCUACUACACGCACUCGUUCAAGAUUUGGCUGGCGACGGCCAUCGUCUUCAUCAACUCCGGCAACAUCGGCUACACUCUGCUUCAGGACUGUCCCGGGGAGGAGCCGCUGAUCAGGCUUUCCUCAAUGUGGAAUCCAUACUUGCCAGCAGUUUGCGCCCAUCUGUUCUCAUCCAGCAUGACGUGGGGUGCGACGAAGGAGGUCGAGCGGUCGAACGUCUUCGAGGAGAUCCCGAAGAUGCUCAAAUUUGGGUGCCGUGGACGAUUUGCAUCCUACUCAGUGGACAUCGUCAUUCUGUCGAUGCCAUGAGUGCCCGUGCAGUGGCGCAUCGACGGCCGUCAUGGGCCGUCAUUUGCCCGUUCAAGAUCCAGGUCGGAUAGCUACCUGCUGUACCCUGUGGGUCGCUGCUGCCCUGACCGUCAUCAGCAGCCGCCUGUGCCUUGGCUGCCUCAGGAACGACUGUGUAGUGAUCUCCAGUUUGCUCUGCCAACGUGCGAAUUUCAUUGAUCGUCAGUCUCCAUUCUUUGAGCUCAUUCGAACGCGAGACAGAGAUUCUAGUAGCACACACAUAACAUAAUGUAGAAGCCGCGCGGUCAACGAACGCCGUAC